AUGCAAUCUAGAUCUCUUGAGAGCAUGUUGAAGGAAUAUAUAGUGAAGAAUGAAGCCAUGAUUCAGAGCCAAGCGGCUUCAUUGAGGAACUUAGAAAACCAAGUUGGGCAACUAGCUAAUGAGCUUAGAAAUAGACCCCACGGUACACUGCCAAGUGAUACCGAGAAUCCAAGGAGUAUGGGGAAGGAACAUUGUAAAGCUGUCACUUUGAGGAGUAGAAAGGAGUUGGAGAAGGAAAAGACCGAGUCUGGGCAUGAGGGUGAGCCCUCUUCAAUCCAAAUAAAUGAGGAAUUCCAAAAAGAUGCUGAACUUCCUAGUGCACAAAAAUCUGCCUCUGCCCAGGAUACUGCAGGGAUACCGCAGCAUUGUCAACCAACAAGCUCAAUUUCAAAGAAGCCACCUCCAUUUCCUCAACGUUUUCAGAAGCAAAAGUUGGAUUCUCAACUCAAGAAGUUUCUAGAUAUGUUGAAGCAGUUGCAUAUCAACAUCCCACUGGUAGAGGCACUUGAGCAAAUGCCUAACUAUGUAAAAUUCAUGAAAGAUAUUCUUACAAGGAAGAGAAGGUUAGGAGAAUUUGAGACAGUGGCUCUUACCAAGGAAUGUAGCUCAUUCUUGCAAAACAAGCUGCCACCGAAGAUGAAAGAUCCUGGGAGUUUCACCAUUCCAUGUACCAUUGGUAAUUCUUAUUGUGGCAUGGCAUUAUGUGACUUGGGUGCUAGUAUAAAUCUGAUGCCUAUGUCUGUGUAUAGACAAUUGGGGAUUGGUGAAGUCCGACCUACCACAGUGACUCUACAACUUGCAGAUAGAUCUCUUGCUUAUCCAGAUGGGAAGAUUGAGGAUGUCUUGGUAAAAGUUGAUAAGUUCAUUUUCCCAGUUGAUUUCAUUGUGUUUGAUUAUGAGGCAGACAGGGAGGUACCAAUCAUUCUAGGGAGGCCUUUUCUAGCUACUAGUAGAACUUUGAUUGAUGUGCAAAAGGGUGAACUUACUAUGAGGGUUCAAAAUGAGCAGGUGACUUUCAAUGUUUUCAAGGCUAUGAGAUUUCCAGAUGAGGUCGAAGAGUGUUUUGUGGUUUCAGUGGUAGAUUCUUUGGCUUCAAAGGAAUUAGAAAACAAUUUUGAUGAUCCUCUAGAGAGACUCUUGAUGUUUGAUUCACAUGCAGAGGAUGAGGAUGAAUACUUGGCUUGGCUAGAAGCUAGCUCACAAGGAUUGCAUACAAGAAAGCAUUUUGAAUCUUUGGAGCUCUCUUCAAGGUCUUUCGCAGCCCCUAAACCAUAA